AUGAAGUUGUCUGUUUUGCUGGUCGCUCUCGCGCCAGUAGCGACUAUAGCUGCCCCGCAGAAGUCUGCCGAUGACUGGAUCACCACCAUAUGGGAUGACUUCAAGAAUGCGGUAGACUGCUUCAGCUGUCAGGCUCUCCUCGGUGGUCUCAAGCUUGUCUCCGGCCUUGGGGAAUCCUUCAUGGAGGAUGUUAUUACCGGUGUCUGCUCCGUCAGUGGUGCCGAAGACAGCGAUGUGUGCGCUGGCGUCAUUGCGAAUGAAGGCCCCUCUGUAUAUUACUCGUUGAAGAACCUUAAACUGGGCUCCCAUACGGCCAAAACAUUCUGCGCCACCUUGGUCGGUCUAUGCGAGUUUCCCAAAGUCCGUCCGUACGAUAUCUCCUUUCCUUCGCCAAAGCCACCAACCACCCGGCCCCCACCAAGUGGUAAAGCUCCGAUAAAGGUUGUGCACUUUAGUGAUACUCACGUCGACCUCUCCUACGAAGAGGGAUCCAACUAUGAGUGCUCAAAACCAAUCUGCUGCCGUGCAUAUACCGAGAAGGACGCCCCGGGAAACACCACUUCGCCAUGCGGACCCUGGGGAAACUCCAAGUGUGACCCACCGCAUCGCCUACAAGAGAGCAUGAUGGGCGCCAUUGCAGGUAUUGAUCCAGCCUUCUCGAUAUACACUGGAGAUGUAGUGGCCCACGACGUCUGGCUCGUCAAUAAAACGGAAGUACUGCAAGACUUGAACGCGACCUACGGCUCCAUGGAGAACAAUCUAGGGCUGGUAUAUGCCGCUCUGGGUAACCAUGACGCUGCCCCUCUGAACCUAUUCCCAUCCGACAAGGUUCCAAGCCAGUAUAAUCCGCAAUGGGCCUACGAUGCUCUCGCAGAAGAUUGGCUCACCUUAACUGGCAUUCCUUCCGUUGAAAAGGCCAGGGAAUAUGGCUCUUACUCUGCCGUGCACCCCGGAAGCAAACUGCGAAUUAUCUCCUACAACAGCAUCUUCUACUACAAGUACAAUUUCUUCUCUUAUACCGAGCCAAUGGAGUUCGACCCAAACAACCAGCUGGACUGGCUGAUUGCACAACUGCAAGAAGCCGAAGACGCGAAGCAGCGCGUUUGGCUUAUCUCGCACAUUCCAACUGGCAACUCGGACCAUUUCCGCGACCACUCUCAUUACUUCGACCAGAUUAUUCAACGGUACGAUGCGACUAUUGCCGCGCUCUUCUUUGGUCACACCCACACAGAUGAGUUUCAGAUCUCGUACUCGAAUUACAAGAAUCGAAAUUGGGACACGGCGACCGCAAUGGGCUACGUCGCGCCUUCAAUGACACCUACCUCUGGCCCUCCUUCAUUCCGGGUCUACGAGAUCGACCCUGUUACCUUCGGCGUUAUGGAUUUUACGCAGUAUAUUGCCAACAUCACUGAUCCCUCCCUCCAGACGGAACCCGAGUGGAAGCCCUACUACUCUGCCAAGGCAGACUACGGAUCAAAGCUCUCCCCAGCCGUCAAAGACCCCCAAGUCGAGCUCACGCCGGGGUUUUGGCAUAAUGUCACCGUGGCUAUGGAGAAGGAUACUACCGUUUUCCAAGACUUUUGGAGUAGACGGACUCGCGGGUUUAAUGUGCCGGAUUGUACUGGUGAUUGCAUCAGUAACGAGAUUUGUGCCCUUCGCGGUGCCGAUGCUCAGUACUCGUGUUAUAAACAAGCCCCUGGCUUCAGCUUUGAGAAACGAGAUGGGUCGGGUGUGUCGUAUCUUUCGGAGGAUAGUUUCCAACAGCCGGAGUGUAACCAUGCGGGGAUGGCGCCUCUUUUCGCGAAGAUUUCGCAUCGGGCAAAGCUUGCGAGGGAGAGAGGGGAGUAA